AUGUCGAUGUUGGAAGGUGGUGUGGGCGCCGUUGCCACUGCCUCUGAUCACGCUGCACAGUUCAUUGCCGUCACCAAUUGCUGCUCGCCCGGCCAGAACUUUGUCAGUACUAGCUGGCUGUAUGGCGGCGCCUACAACCAGUUCCGGGUGUAUAUGAAGAAGUUCAACAUCGAUGUCAAGUGGGUGGAGGGCAACGACCCCGCCGACAUUGACAAGGCAAUUAACAAGAACACUCGGGCCGUGUACAUCGAGACCAUCUCCAACCCCAAGCACAGCGUGCUAGAUAUUGCGGCCAUUAGCGCCGUCGCGCACAAGCACGGUAUCCCGUUGAUUGUUGAUAACACGUUCGGCAUGGGUGGCUACCUGGCCAGACCCCUUGUAUUGGGUGCCGACAUUGUCACCCACAGUUGCACUAAAUGGAUUGGCGGCCAUGGCACCAGCAUGGGUGGCAUCGUCAUUGACGGCGGCUACUUUGACUGGUCUGUGUCUGGCAAAUUUCCUGGCUUCACGGAACCCGCAGAUGGCUACCACGGGUUGCGCUUCUGGGACGCAUACGGCUACAGAGCCUUGUCCGCCAAGCUGCGGAUGGACAGUAUGCGCGACUUAGGUCCAUGUAUGAGUCCAUUCAAUGGGUGGUUGUUUCUGCAGGGCCUGGAAACGAUUGCCCUACGUGGAAAACGCCAUUGCGAAACCAUCCUGGCUUUGGCAGAGUGGCUUGAAGCUCAUCCCUCCGUCAAUUGGGUCCUUUACCCCGGGCUGAAAUCACAUCCGGACUACGACUAUGUCCAGAAGACCAUGCCUAACGGGGGCGGAGGUGUCUUUACCUUCGGUGUGGCUGGAGCAAUCGAUGAAGUCCGCGCAGUAGUCAACAAUCUAAGGCUCUGUAGCCACUUGGCCAACGUCGGCGAUGCCAAAACGCUCAUCAUCCGCCCCUGGACCACGACGCACCAGCAGCUGCCUGAAGCGGAAAAGAUCAAGGGAGGGGUGACCCCCGAUUUGAUCCGUGUUAGUACCGGCCUCGAGGAUUUCGAAGAUAUCAAGCACGACUUUGAGCAAGCGUUUGUCGCGGCAGGGCUGAAGCCAGCUGCCAAGCUGAAUGGGGACUCUUUCAACCAGGCACUAUCCUUGUUCAAUGAUGGAUUCAUGAAGGAUCUUGGUACCGCGGCACCCAGGCCGGCUGGCAUUUGA